AUGCCUCAUACGUCAAAGCGAAAAACUCAUUUGUUAAAUGCUUAUAAAAUACGUUGGUCAAAUGAAUCUAAGGAUGCAUCAAGUGAUGAUAGUAGUUUUUCGAUGGACAUAAGUGAUGAAGAUGAAGGAGGUGUAAAUCAUUUGAAUUUCAACGACAGAAUUAAGCUUUGUGAUAUAGCUGAUAUAUUUGAACUUUGCAAGAAUCAAUGUAAUAUUAGAUAUUUAAGUGUUUUUAUUUAUUUAACAUUACGUCGUUUUAAUAUUUCGUAUCAAGAAACAGAUAUAUUUCUUAAAGAUAUUGGUGGUUUAACAGAGGAGGUAGCUCAUAAAUGGUCUAAUUUGUUUAUAAAUGGAAAAUUUGAUGAAUUUGUUACUGAUGGACGAGGUGGCAAACGAGGUGAUAGUUUUUAUGAUGUUUAUCCAGAAUUAGAAGCGGAAGGAAAGGCAUUUGCAGUUUCACAAUGUGAACAAAAGGCUCCAAGUUUUACAGCAGAUGAUCUUGCAAAUUUUAUCGAUAAAAUUUUUUAUGAAAUUAAUAAUUGUGAAAAAGCUGAUUCUCAUCUUGCUUCAGCUAAAUACUGUUGUAGUGGAUGUAAAAAACAUUUUUGUCCUAAACAUUUCAAAGAACAUGAACGACAACUAUCAAUGAAAUUUGACGAUGAAAUAGUUAGAAAACAUGAUGAACUUCUUCAUGAAAUAGAAAAAUCAAAUUCUUUGCCAUCGGGACUUUUUGAUCAAAUUGAACAAUGGAAGAAAUCAACAAUCAAUAACGUAGAAAAAGCAGCAGAAAGAGCUCAUCAUCAAUUACUCGAAUUAAUAGAUAAACAGAAAAGUACCAUAACAAAACAACUUGAACCAAUUACAGAAGAAAUUCAUUAUCUUCGCGAAGAAGAAAAUUUUCUUGAGAAUGAUAUUGAUCGACUUAAAGAAAAACUUCAACAAUUUAUUCAAAAAGACACAAGUAAAAUUAUCAUUGUUGAAACUGAUCAAAUUGAUUGGAAUCGUAUUAUUUCCAUUCAAGAAGAACAACCAAAAUCAUCAUCUCUGCACUCUGUUAACUUGUAUCCAAAUACGAAAUGGACUCAGAAUGGUGUCACUGUAGCUGGUGGAAAUGGAUACGGUAGUGCAUUGAAUCAAUUUUACAAUAUAUGGGGUCUAUGUGUGGAUGAUGAUCAAAAUGUUUACGCUGCUGACUACUUGAACAAUCAUAUUGUCGAAUGGAAACGUGGUUCAACAACAGGACGAGUUGUAGCUAGUGGAAGCGGACACGAAGUUAGACGAUAUGGAGUGGAAGAUACUGAAGGAACAGUAGUUGCAGGUGGAAAUGGACAAGGCAAUCGUCUCGACCAGUUGAAUCAUCCAAGAUAUGUCUGCGUCGAUCAAGAUCGUUCAGUUUAUGUAUCAGACAGCGAUAACUAUCGAGUGAUGAAGUGGAUGAAAGAUGAAAAAGAAGGGAUUGUUGUAGCUAGUGGUCAAGGACAAGGAAAUAGUCUUUCACAAAAGACAGGUCCUUUUGGAAUCGCUGUAGAUAAAUCAGAUGCUGUAUAUGUGGCUGAUAGUGGAAAUCAUCGAAUAAUACGCUUGCGUGAAGGAGCCACUGAAGGAGACGUCAUUAUUGGUGGAAAUGGGGAAGGGAAUGAAUCAAAUCAACUAUCUUGUCCUACUGGAUUAUCAUUUGAUCGAGAAGGCAAUCUUUAUGUGAAUGACAAUGGAAAUUAUCGAGUUCAAAAGUUUAACAUCGAUCGAAGUGAAUGA